AUGGAUCAAGCAGUGUAUGAAACCUUGCUUAAAGUAGCAGAUCCUGACGGUGGAAUCCGCUCUGCUGCUGAAGCUCGUCUCAAAGAACUUGGAAAUGCACCUGAAUACCCUGUCAGUCUUGCUCGUCUUACUGUCUCGCGCGAUUUUCCCAAUGAUAAUUACUUGGCUGCGCUUUCUCUCAAGACCUAUGUAACAACACGCUGGACUCCUAAAGAUGAUCUCUCUCCAAAUGGGUUCGAACCACCUCAGGAAAGCAAAAAGGCUGUUCGUGAGAUUAUCGUAACAGGUCUUGCUGACAGUGAAUCCAAGAUUCGUGUGGUGUGCGCCUAUGUUGUAUCAAAGAUUGCUCAUGAUGAUUUCCCUGAAGACUGGCCUCAUCUACUCGACAUUCUGAUGAGCUACUUGAAAUCAAACAGCGCAGAUAGUGUUCACGGUGCCAUGCGAGUAUUGUUGGAGAUGGUCAAGAAAGAUAUCAGUAUCCAACAAUUGCCUCAAAUUGGUCCUGUAUUGAUCCCCGAGCUUUAUUCGAUCUUAACCCGCGACACCGUCUAUUCGUUCCGUACUCGAGGAAGAGCCGUCGAUAUCUUUAGCAGCUGUGUACAAAUGUUGUCAACAUUGCGUGAAGAGAAUCCCGCAUUGGCAGAUCAAUUUAUUGCUCCUAUCAUACCCCAGUGGAUGCAGGCAUUUAGUGUGAUUCUCAACCAUCAUGUUCAGGGAAAUCCUGAAAAGGCUACCGAAGAGUAUGGCCUAAAGAUGGAAGUUGUAAAGUGUAUUUGUACAAUCAGUGGUGAAUUCCCAAAGUAUAUCAGCACCUCUCUUCCUCUCUUGUUCGAACCAAUCUGGAUGGAUCUGUUCAACUUGCGUGAGCGAUAUGUAGCAGAGUUUGUUAGCGAGACCGGAGACGACGGUGCCGAAUCUUUCCAGGACUCGGAUGGUAAUGAGAUCGGUUUCCAGAGCUUGCUCUAUGUGUUGUUUGAUUUUGUUGCUGCCGCCUGCACCAAGAAAACCGUCCGCCAUUUGUUCCUGACUCCCGAAGGAACCCACACCUCGUUCUUUGAGCAAUUGCUGUAUGUGUACAUCAUUUACAUGCAGAUCACUCAAGAGCAGGCCGAGACCUGGUUGUCGGAUGCCAACCAGUUUGUGGCUGAUGAAGAAGACGGCACAUUUACUUUCAACGCACGUGUGGCUGCAAUUGACGUUUUAUUGACAUUGCAAGAGGCCUACCCAGCUCCAUUUUUCAAUGCUCUUGGUGUUGCACUCCAGCGUCACAUUGGAGAAUCCAACGAAGCUCGUGCAGCCGGAAAUGAGGAAUGGUGGAAGGUUCAGGAAGCAUGUUUGUUGGCUAUUGGAAGAUUGUCAGAGGAGUUGAUGGAAUCUCUUGAGGAUGAGUCUCAAAAGAUCCAAUUUGAUCUCAAGAGUCUUUUCGACCAUGUUGUCCUUGAAGAUAUGAAGGCAGCCGAGUAUCCAUUCUUACAGGGCCGUGCUUUUGUUUUUGCUUCUGAAUUUGCAAAGAUUCUUCCUGCUGAAAUGGCUGCUCAAUAUGUUCCCGUGGCUGUACAUGCUCUCCAGGCACCUGCAAGUGGUAUUCCAGUCAAGAUUUCUGCUCUUCGUGCUCUUCACAACUACUGCAAGUACUUGGAUGCUCAGUAUGUCACACCUUACCAGGUUAACAUUAUGGAGGGAGCUUGCCAACUCUUGCCUUCUGCCACUGAAGAAUCCUUGAUGUUAUUGAUGGAUACCUUGGGCUCUGCUGUCAGAAUCAAUGGUGAAGUUGCUGCCAAGUAUGAACACAUCCUUACUCCAGCUGUUCUUGAUAUCUGGAAGAGAUUCCCUUCGGACUCUAUUAUUACAAGCUACAUCUUGGAUGUUUUUGAGGAAUUUGCAAAGAACCCUCACUAUGCACCUGCUCUUUAUGCUCGUACCUUACCAUUCCUCAACCAAGUCUUUACUGCUACCGGAACUGACCCAACUGUGUACUCGUCUGCUGUGGAUCUGUUGACAGCCAUGAUUACAUAUGGACCAUCGCCUCUUCCCAACGAAUUCUCGGAGCAAAUGUUCCCUUGCUUGAUGCAGUUGGCUUGGAAUGUUCCUGACAACGAUCUCCUCCAGAGUGCUCAAGAAUGCUUGAGAAGAUUUAUGAUCAAGGAUUGUGAACACAUUAUUCAAUGGCGUGAUCCUGCCGGAAAGUCUGGACUUGAUUAUGUUAUUCAUUUCGUAGCUAAAUUGCUUGAUCCUGCAAACAGCGAGUCUGAAGCUUUGUUUGUUGGUGACUUGAUUGUAACCUUGAUCCAAAAGGCUGGUAGCAAUAUUGCUUCUGUCUUGCCAGAUCUAUUGAAUGCUGUCUUGGUUCGUCUCGAGACUACUAGCUACCAACCGUUUAUUCAGUCCCUUGUGUUGGUCUUUGCUCACUUGAUCAUCAACCAGCAAGACACUGUAUUGCAGUUCUUGACUAGCACAAACAUUAACAACAAGAGUGGUUUGGAGAUCUUGAUGAACACAUGGUGCGAUAACCACGAUAGUUUCUCUGGGUAUUAUUCUCUUAAAGUCAGUGAUAUUGCCUUGUCCAAGUUGUUGCUGGUAAAUGAUCCUAGAUUGCAGUCUAUGACUGUCAAGGGAGAAAUUGUCGUUAACCCUGAUGGCGGAAUUGUCACUCGUUCAAGAGCAAAAAGAAAUCCUGAUCAAUACACAGCCAUUCCUUUGUACACCAAGAUUAUCAAACUUCUCGUGGCUGACCUAGGCAACACCAUGCCCAAUGAUCAAGCUCCCCAAGAAGACGCAGAGUCCGUCGGAGACGAGGGUGAAGACUGGGAAGAUUUGGAUGAUGACCCAACCUUUUCUUCUCGCCAAGAAUUCAGUUUCUUGUCAGACAUCUUGGCUAAUAUCCCCGACGAUGAAGACGAUGAAGAGAAUGACCCUGGAUUAAAGGAUGAUCCUAUUUACAAGACAGACAUGAAGGAGUACUUGACUGACUUCUUCCGUAACUGCAGUACACACAAUGUUAAUCAUUUUGUGGAAAUAUGCCAACACCAACUCAAUGAUGAAGAGAAGCAUAUCUUAUCUCUUGCUCUUAACGCAUAAUAUAUAUAUAUAUAUAUUCUUUACUAAUAAACAUACAACCAAUCAAGCACAUCAAUAAAAAAAAAAGAAAACUAUGAAUAAAGAUGCUAUUAUUUUUUAAAU